AUGGCGCGGCCGCGCCGCCUGGGCUGCAUCCCGGAGCUGCAGCUGGCAGCCUUCCCGGCGGCGGCGGCCGAGGACGAGGCGUUCCUGCCGGAGUCCCUGGCCCGGCGCGCGCCCCGCUGGCCACGUUCGCCGCCCUCCUCGCCCGUCUUCUUCGCCAGCCCGUCCCCAACUUUCCGCAGGCGCCUCCGGCUUCUCCGAAGCUUCCAGGAUCUCGGCCGCCAGGCGUGGGCUGGUGACGAGGACACCUGUUGGCACUCUCCGGGCAGAUCCGUCAGCUUCGAGGCGGAGAAUGGGCCUACACCGUCCCCCGGCCGCAGCCCGCUGGACUCGCAGGCGAGCCCGGGCCUGGUGCUGCACGCCGGGGCGGCCACCAGCCAGCGCCGCGAAUCUUUCCUCUACCGCUCCGACAGCGACUAUGACAUGUCGCCCAAGACCAUGUCCCGGAACUCGUCGGUCACCAGCGAGAGUCCACUUCUGCUGAGCAGCCUCUCCUCCCCUCCGCCAGCCUUUCCUAAGCCAGCUUCCCUCAUCAUUGCCACCUACGGAGAGUACAUUGGCAGCGUGCCUGGGACACACUGGGCGCUCAGCAAAAAGGAGUAUGGGCACCACUCACGGAGAGGGGGGCAGGGAUCUGGAGGGGCCCAGGCUGGCACUGGAGCCCCAUUUCUUUGCAGGCGAUCCCCACUGAGUGGCCCAACCCCAGUCUGCAAGGCUACACUGUCAGAGGAGACAUGUCAGCAGUUGGCCCGCGAGACGUUGGAGGAGCUGGACUGGUGUCUGGAGCAGCUAGAGACCAUGCAGACCUACCGCUCAGUCAGCGAGAUGGCCUCGCACAAGUUCAAGAGGAUGCUAAACCGGGAGCUCACACACCUGUCAGAGAUGAGCAGGUCAGGAAACCAGGUCUCUGAGUACAUCUCCUCCACGUUCCUGGACAAGCAGAAUGAAGUGGAGAUCCCAUCGCCCAUGAUGAGGGAUGGAGAAAGGGCACCUCGGCCGAGACCCUCCCAGCAGCCCCCACCCCCGGAGCCACAGUUCCAGCCUAUGUCUCAGAUCACGGGGGUGAAGAAGAUGACGCACAGCAGCAGCCUGACGGACGCCAGCAUACCCCGCUUUGGGGUGAAGACAGACCAAGAGGAGCUCCUGGCCCAAGAGCUGGAGGACCUGAACAAGUGGGGCCUGAACAUCUUCCACGUGUCAGAUUAUGCCAGGGGCCGCUCCCUCAGCUGCAUCAUGUACACCAUAUUCCAGGAACGGGACCUCCUGAAGAAGUUCCACAUCCCGGUGGACACGAUGGUGACAUAUAUGCUGACUCUGGAGGACCACUACCACCAGGACGUGGCCUACCACAACAGCCUGCACGCCGCCGAUGUGCUCCAGUCCACCCACGUGCUGCUGGCCACACCUGCGCUGGACGCUGUAUUCACAGACCUGGAGAUCCUGGCAGCCCUCUUCGCGGCUGCCAUACACGACGUGGACCACCCUGGGGUCUCCAACCAGUUCCUCAUCAACACCAAUUCGGAGCUGGCGCUCAUGUACAAUGACGAGUCGGUGCUGGAGAACCACCACCUGGCCGUGGGUUUCAAGCUGCUGCAGCAGGACAACUGUGACAUCUUCCAGAACCUCAGCAAACGCCAGCGGCAGAGCCUGCGCAAGAUGGUCAUCGACAUGGUGCUGGCCACCGACAUGUCCAAGCACAUGACCCUCCUAGCCGACCUGAAGACCAUGGUAGAAACCAAGAAAGUGACCAGCUCAGGGGUCCUUCUGCUGGACAACUACUCCGACCGCAUCCAGGUCCUGAGGAACAUGGUGCACUGUGCGGACCUCAGCAACCCCACCAAGCCGCUGGACCUGUACCGCCUGACAGACCGCAUCAUGGCCGAGUUCUUCCAGCAGGGCGAGCGAGCGGACGCGGGGAUGGAGAUCAGCCCCAUGUGCGACAGUUCAUUAUCCUUCUUCUCCCUUCCCCAGGUGGGGUUCAUCGACUAUAUUGUGCACCCACUGUGGGAGACAUGGGCUGACUUGGUCCACCCAGAUGCCCAGGAGAUCCUAGACACGUUGGAAGAUAACCGGGACUGGUACUACAGCGCCAUCCGGCAGAGCCCAUCGCCACCGCCUGAGGAGGAGCCGGAGGGGCCGGACCACCCAACCCCACCUGAUAAGUUCCAGUUUGAGCUGACGCUGGAUGAAGAGGAGGAGGAGGAGGCGUCCUCUGCCCUGGGUGCAGUUGAGGUGCAGGAAUUAUUCAUGGCUCAGGAUGCAUCCCCAGCGGAGGAACUGUUGGAUGUCGAUGGCCAAGACGCAUCCACCGAGGUGGACGUAGAGGAAAUGUCCUUGACACAGCAAGCAGACAGUGUGGCUGUGGGCCAGGACGAGUCCACAUCCCCAGAUGCGUCGGUGGAUGCCAUGGGCUGCAGCAGCCCCCACGCCCUGUCUCCGGAGCGGCCCGCUCUGCCUGCCUUGAGGACCCCACCCACUCCAGAGGCUGCCCCGGGCCUCCGGGGCCUCCCCUCCAUGGCAGCCGAGGUGGGGGCCCAGAAAGAGCAUCAGGCUGCCAAGAGGGCGUGCUGUGCCUGCACUGGGACACUGGGCGAGGACCCACACACACUCCCAGCCCCUGGUGGGUGGGGGUCUGCUGGAGGCCCUACCUGAGCCUCAGCCUCUACCCCCUUUUACCCUUCCUGCCUCCUUUCACCACCAUCGUCCCCCGACUGCCUCCUUCACUGCCUCAAAGACUCUUUGGCCUCCUGAGAAAAAAGAAAACAGAAAAGUGGGGUUUUUUUCUCUUUUCUUUUUUUCCCCUUUCCCCCCCACCCCCAACCCAACCCACGGGGCACAUGUUGGAGGUGGGGCCUGGGGAAGGAGGGGCUGAGGUUCUGGAAGGGGUUUUAUUUUUGGAAUUUUCAUUGUUACAUUUUUAGAAAAAAAAAAAAAAAACAGGGAAAAAAAAACAAACAACAGGAUGAAACACAGCAACUGUAGAUGCUCCUGUUCCCGGCUCCCCCGGUCCAUCUCCAACCCCACCCCACGCCCCUCCCAGACCCCAGGCCCAGUCUUCCAGCCUCUGUGGGCUCUCCACCUGAGCCCAAGCAGGCGUAAGGUCUCCUUCCAGGCUCUUCCUAAAUUUGGAGGGUUUCUAGAAUCCAGCCAGGGAAUAGCCAUUCUGGGCAGGGGCCCAGUGGGGCGGGUCACUGUGAGAGGCCCCAGCUCCAGCCCCUCUCAGGCUCACUGCCUCCCCGCCAAGUCUUCCACCUCAUUUUGCACAAACCUGGCAAUAUUGACUCGGGGACAGGCGUGGGGAUGCUGUACAACUUAGGAUGCUGGGAGGGGAAGG